AUGUUUGAGUCUCCUGUGCUUGAUGUUGAAGGAAAACCUCUUAGAAGUGGUGUGGAAUACUAUAUACUUCCAGCUGAAACUUAUAUUGCUGGUGGUCUGACCACUAUUUAUACUGUUAUAAUUGAGUCUAGGGACUUUACUGUUGCAUUUUCAGGAGCCACAACGUGCGCAGAUUCUUCUGCAUGGAAGAAUGAACAAGGUCUCUAUACUUUGGCCUGGCGCAAGAAUUGUAUCAUUCCUUUUCCUGGCGCAGACUGCUGUCCUAGCUCAAGGCGUGUUUCUGCUGGUAUUGUGAAGGAGAAUGGAAAGAGAUUGUUGGUGUUGGACGGUCCUGCAUUUCCUUUUGCAUUUAGAAGGGCUAAAGUUAUUCUCCCUGCAUCUACCAAAAAUAAUUAA